CGAUCAUCUACAACACCAUGGUCUGAUUAAGUCACGAGUGCCCACAGAGAUGGUGACCAAAGUCCUCUGUGUGGCAGAAAAGCCUUCAAUCGCUAGAGCUGUGGCUGGGCAUCUCUCUGGUGGCUCACAUCGAGUUUCCAAUACUCGCACGCCAUGGCUCAAAAACUACAACUUCUCAUACAACUUCCCUACGUGGGGCCCUUGCGAAGUUGUCAUGACAAGUGUGGCUGGCCAUCUUCAGAGUACAGACUUUACACCGAAUUUCCGACCAUGGAAGUCUUGCGAUCCAGAGCAUCUCUUUGACGCGCCUAUCGUAACAUACGUUGAUGAAGAAAGGAAAGGUAUUGCUGCGAACAUCGAGACACAAGCCCGAGGUGUAUCCAUAUUGUUCAUCUGGACCGAUUGCGACCGCGAAGGCGAACACAUCGGCAGUGAAAUCAGAGAUGUCGCUCUGAGUACCAAUGCUCGGUUGCGACAGCCUGGAAAGAUCGUACGUGCCAGGUUCUCCAAUAUCGAAAGGGCCCACAUCCUGCAGGCUGCUCGUAAUCCCAUCCCGUUGGACGAAAACCAAGCCAAUGCCGUUGCUGCAAGAAUUGAGCUUGAUCUUCGUAUCGGUGCCAGUUUCACACGCUGGCAGACAAUUGAAAUCGUCGAAUACCUCAAGGGUCGCGGCGUUUUUGCGCAAGAUGAGAGGAAAGUUAUCAGCUACGGCAGCUGUCAAUUUCCUACACUCGGCUUUGUAGUCGACCGGUAUUUUAUGGUCAAGAACUUCGUCCCAGAGCCUUACUGGGCUAUCAAAGUCACGCACAUCAAAGAAGACAUCACCGUCAAUUUCAGAUGGUCUCGUAUCAACCUCUUUGAUCGAAUGGCUGUAAUCAUUCUAUUCGAGCGAUGCUUGACGGCCAAAUACGCCAAAGUCAUCAAAGUACAGACCAAGCCCGCUAGCAAGUGGAAGCCUUUACCACUCACAACUGUUGAGCUGCAGAAAAUGGGUAGCAGGUUCUUACGAAUGGACAGUCAAAGAGUCAUGAAGAUUGCGGAAGAUCUUUACACUAAAGGGUGGAUCAGCUACCCAAGAACCGAGACAGAUCAAUUUGACAAAGGCAUGGACCUGCGAGCUCUAGUUCAAAAGCAAACACAAUCGCCCAUCUGGGGACCAUUUGCUCAGAAUCUUGUGAACGGAGGAUUCAACCAGCCAAGGCAGGGACGCAACAACGAUAAGGCGCAUCCUCCAAUUCAUCCAGUCAAUUUCGUUCUUCCUUCCGCACUCGGCGGACAGGACGAACGCAAAGUUUACGAGUUCGUGGUCAGACGAUUCCUUGCUUGCUGUAGUGAGGAUGCCAAAGGUUCUCGUGACGAGGUUAGUAUCCUCUACGGGUCCGAGAUCUUCAACGCCUCAGGACUAUCAGUGCUCGCGAGGAAUUACUUGGAUGUUUACCCUUACGAUAAAUGGACCAGCACGCAGCAACUGCCUCAAUUCCAGGUCGGAGAAACAUUCGAGCCAACCGAGGCCAGGAUGACAGAAGGAAAGACUAGCCCACCUGGAUUCCUUACCGAGCCGGAUCUUAUCGCACUCAUGGAUGCAAACGGCAUUGGUACUGACGCAACAAUGGCCGAGCACAUCGCCAAAAUCAAAGAACGUGAGUAUGUGAUGACCCGACCAAAAGCGCAGAGAGCGCCCGCCGAAGAAGGAGAUGAAAGAGAGGAAGGCGAAGCACCGGCCGUCGAAUCAGACGAUGAAAGAGGCGGAGGCAGAGGACGAGGUCGAGGUCGAGGCAGAGGACGCGGCGCACGGGGCGGUCGAGGCGGUGGAGCAGGCGGACGCGGUGGAGGUCAACAAGGUGGUGUACAAGAGUUCAUUCCAACUACACUCGGAGUAGCCCUCGUCAAAGGCUACGAGGACAUGGGAUUCGAGAUGAAUCUGAGCAAGCCAUUUCUCAGAAAAGAGAUGGAAAACAAGAUGAGAGCGAUAUGCGCUGGUACUACAACUAAAGGCGACGUGAUCCAUGAGAGCUUGGACAUGUACAGAGAUGUCUAUAUCAGGACCAGGCGGGGUAUCAACAUCUUGAAAGCGUCGGUCGACAAAUAUGUGCCCGGCGCAAGAGCUAAUAGGUGAUGACGGUCUGAGGUUGCAUGGAAUAAGGAAGGAAAGAAGCAAAUGCGGGUAAUGCGGCCGACGUCGUUGCACCUCGGGGAUUGCUUUUGGCAAGAGUUUAACGUGAAGAUACCCGUACACGCAACGAAGCUGUAUCACAAUCGUGACUUCCCACAGCUUUGAUAAAUAAAUAUGUUUCAAUCACUGAGAUGUACGAAUGGGAUGCCGGCGGUUUAUGAUAUGCUGCUCGUCA